AUGACGCAGCCGCCUUUCCUGCCCUGGGGCCUGCCCUACCAGCACAGGGAAGCUCAUGCCCCUCGACGAGAAAGCUACGAUCACACACAUUUGCAUGCGCACGCGCAGUCACACGCGCCGGUCUACUCGCACAGACAUAACCACGCGCAAACACAAAUCGACACUCAUCAGACACAAUGUAAAGGCGAAGGGGAAGAAGCCAGACCGGACUAUAGAGAACAAUAUUUACAUAGGUGCAGCAACUACGGCAAGUGCUCGGAAGAGGAGGGCGAGUGUCGAGACGAGGCUGUCACUAGCACCGCUGAGCCGUGGGGGGACAGACUUGUGAGCAGCUCGCACGGCGCCGCGUCCCGGGCGGACGCCGCCUCGCCGCACCCACACGUAUCCACCACACACGCCGGGACGAGCGGAGGUCGCCGCGGCGCGCUGCAGCUGUGGCAGUUCCUGGUGUCGCUGCUGGCGGAGGGCGCGCGCUGCGUCGCCUGGACCGGACGCGGGCUGGAGUUCAAGCUGCACGAACCUGAGGAGGUGGCGAGGCGCUGGGGCGCGCAGAAGAACCGCCCAGCGAUGAACUACGACAAGCUGUCGCGCUCCUUAAGAUAUUACUACGAGAAGGGCAUCAUGCAGAAAGUUGCAGGUGAACGCUACGUCUACAAAUUCGUCUGCGACCCCGAAGCACUGUUCAGCAUGGCUCGACCGCCUACUUAUGAUGUCAUCUCCCAGCUGUACUACCCCCCGUACCUGGCGCCCGCACCCCCCGUGCCCGCCGUACCCCCCGUGCCCUCCGCACCCCCCGGACCCCUCGCGCCUACCACCACGCUGCCCAGCACCAGCGACUACCAGCGACGCUACUAUCAAGAACAUUAUGAAAAU